GCUGUCACAAAUAGUCGGCUUGUUUUCUGAAUCGCGGCGACCGCUCGAACUUUUUACUCCAAAACUUUCCUCAAAGAAAUUCCGCCCAAAAUGGUCAACAAAACCGACUCCAACGACCGCGAGCCCACGGACAAGAAGCGUAGGAAGACGACCUCGGUAACGGAACCGUCCCCAACGAAGCUGUCCAAGGAGGAAAUCUACACGAGCACGAUCGCGUUCGAGGAGCAGGAAGCGGCCAAGCGCAGCCCGGAGGCGGACUCGAAGCUGUUUCACGCGACCUGCGACGAGCUGCGCAAGCUGUUUGACGAGAUUGCGACGCAGAAGAAGGGGGACGGGGCGGCGUCGGAGGAGGUUAAGGGGAAGAUUGCGGAGAAGCGGAUCGAGGGUUCGUUGGCGUUUGUGGCGCUGAAGAAGCUGAACCGGUUGGAUAAGGUGCGAAUUCGGGAUGGGAAGGAGGCGCUGCAUAAGGAGAAGCUGCGCGUUGAUAGCAAUCGGCUGCAGUUGCAGAAUCUGCUGUACGAGGCGGACCAUUUGAGGAAGGAGGUUCAGCGGUGCUAUUUGUUCAAGAGCCAGGACGAAGAGAUUGAGCUGGUGCCGGUGGAGGAGUUUUACGAGAAGGCACCGGAGACGAUUUCGCGUCCGGAGAAGACGAAGGAGGAUGAACAUGCGAGAAGGAUUGCGCGGUUGGAGUGGGAGCUGCAGCAGCGGAAGGAGUUGGACGCGCUGUGCAAGGAGUUGCACUCGUCGAAGGCGAAGGUUGGGGGAGAGAUUGUUUCGAAGACGGAGCGAUUGGACUCGUUGGCGCCGAGGUUGAAGAAGCUGCUGGAGGCGACCAGGCCGCUGCAGGAAGCGCUGGAUAUGCCGAUUGAGAAGGGCUGGGAGAUUCAGAAGACGGUGCGGUUGCUGGUGCAGCCGUUGUACAUGUUGUACGCGAACGUAACGGCCUACGGGGAGGCUUGUGAUGCGCUGCUGUCCACUUCGGUGCAGGGUGAUGAGGAGGAAGCUCGGCAGAUUGAGUUGACUGGGAAUUUGGAGUGUGAGUCGGAUGAUGAAGGUGGCGAUGGCGGUGAACAGCGUGAGAGCAACAGCCGUGGCAGCUACAAUCGGCGCAAGGCCAGCAAGCAGCAAGAUCCGAUGCGCCAGAAGCGUCGGGCGUUGGUUAAGCCGCACCCGUUGAGCGUGACCAUCGUGAUUCGCAGCAAGGAGGGCAAGGAAUCGCUAGCGCUCUGCUUCCGGUACUUUCCGAGUGCCGGGUUUGUAACGGCAAAGUGCUCGCUGGUUGACUUUGAGGUGGCCGGAGUAGCCGCUGGGGACAUCAUGUCCCAGGAGAGCAUCCUGAACGAGCUGUUUGAGGACGACAACGGCGAGGCCAGCCCAAAUCCGAAGACCAAGUUCCAACUGCAGGAGGUCGGACUCGACAUGGACAAGUUUAUGACGAUCAUGAAGGAGAAAGACCUGGGCAAGCCGUACAAGUGGGCCCAGGAACUGUGCGGAAUCGAGUUUGUCGACUCUGGCGAGAAGUUCCUCGCGGCCAGUGACAAGUGGCAAAAGACGAUCCCCACGAUCGUCAAAGCGAUCCGAACCCGCUGGGAGGCGCGCCUUCGUCUCUACCAGCAGGUUCACGAGCUCGAAACCGGCACCGUGGACACCACUAUCAACCUGGAGCACAACAAUCCGAUCCGAAUUUCCAGCACCCUGCUCCAGUGGACUGCCCUGUCCUACGCGGAAUACGCCGGCUCCGGCGUCACCACCAAAUUCAUCGAGCAAAGCAACGGCAACGAUCUGUACUUCCGAGCGAUCGUAACCCGCGGCUCGGCCAAACUAGAAUGCUACAUCUGCGUGCCGUGCGGCUUCCCGGAAAGUGCCCCCCUCUGGUCGCUUUCCCUCAACUGGAAUGGGAAGCACUCGGCUGCGGACAAUGCCGCCAUUAGGGAAAUGGAAUCCUGGACCAACAGCCUCGAGUCCGCCAAACAUCCCAAAACGAUUCUCUCGGUCCAGCUGAAGCGCGCCAUGUCCUGCUUCGACAUCUUCCUCGAGACGGAGGGUCCCUUCUACUCCCCCGCGGAGUUCACCCAGGACAAGACGUACCUGAAGGCGUUCCGGGGAAGGGCCCGCGCACGGCCCUUCCGCAUCGCGUCCAACGGCAGCAGCUCGGUUUUCACGCAGAUUUAAGCGAACUCACUAACUGACAUCAAAUGCAUUAACGCAGUAAGAUAAACUUGAAUUGAUUGACGAAUUGA